AAGACAUUGAACGCACCCUAUUUAUUCAGAAUACCUUUCUUUGACGGAUCGGAAAAUAAAUUUCUUGUUUUUCUCUGAUUAAAAUGGCAGAUGCGGAGUUAUCGAAAGCAUUACGUGACCUACCAAAUCGGGUGUUAAAUGUUACUAUUGAUGAAAGGCCGGAACUAUUUCAGAAUGUGUCUGGCGUGCUACAAAAUCCGGGAAUCAAUGCUACUAUUGUUCGCGGUAUUUGCAAAGUGAUUGGCACAACAUUGACCAAAUACAAAGAUCCACCAUCGCAAAAUUUAGUCAAAAAUUUGAUUGUCUCGCUGGUUCAACACCAUCCGGACACAUCGUUCGAACAUUUCAACAAUGUUUUGAAAGGGAUCCUCAAUAAAGACCUAGCUUCGGCACCAGCAUUGAAAGCAUCUCAAGCGGCUGUCAUAGCAUUGGGCUGGUCAAUUUCAAUAGCAUCGAAUGUGAACCAUGCAUCCAGUGUGGCAAACUUAGAGUUACCGAAACUGAUCGAAAUCCAAUCGGGCCUGUAUCAGUUGGGUGUAUCGAGUGAUAAUAGCAAGGUGUCGGAGAAAGCGACACAAAUUUUGAACACAUUCUUCGAACAGAACGAGGAACUGAUGGACGUCUACUUACAAAAGCUGUUAGCGAUUGAACCAUCCAGUGGAGUCGUGUUGUUGAUGUCCGUUAUCUUAACGCUGAAACAAAAGAUACAUGGAAACAGCGACACGUUAACGGCGAACAAGGAGAAAGUUAUCGAACAUUUCAUCAAAGGAUUGAUAACGGUGAAAGUGAAGCCGAAUGCCAACUGUGUUACACUGUGUGCCGUCAUACUAAAAUCCAUUACUCACAACGAAUUCAAAUCACAAAUAUUGCCCGCAUUACAACGGGCGAUGCUACGGAGUCCGGAAAUUAUUCUGCAAGGAGUCGGUGCCAUUGUUCGGGAACUGGAUAUUGACGUCAGCGAAUUUUCGUUCGAUAUGGGAAAGACGUUGAUUCAAAAUCUGUAUUCGAAAGACGAUUGUGCGAGAGGCGAAGCGGUCGAAUCGCUGAAACAAGUUGCAAUGAAAUGCAAUGAUGUGAAGGCCAUCGAAGCGUUAAUGAAACAAAUUUUUGCCGUUUUGAAUGGAUCGGAUGGAAAGAUUACGGUUGCUGAGUAUCGCAUCAAUGUUUUGCAGGGUGCUGGCAACUUAAGCUGCAACAAUAUUCCGAGACAAUCAUUGGAUUCACUUUUGAGAACGGUCACAGAGCUGUUCGUCAAAAUGUUGGAAACAGAAAUUCACGAAAAAGUCCUCUGUCACGGUCUGGAAAUGUUCAGCUUGUGGUCAGUAUAUCUAACCGGUGAAUUGCCCCAGAAAUACAUCGACGUGUUCAAGAAAGGAAUGGAAUCGAAGUCUGCUACACAAUUGGUGCGUGUCAGCUAUUUGCAAUGGCUACUCGCGUGCCUCGAGAACAGCAAACUGUCAACUGGAGCUGACAUAUCGCAGUCAUUGAUCAAAAUUGUCGAGAAGGCCUCACAGAAUGUGACACAGAUUUCGUUGCUGACCGAGGCUAUAUGUGCCGUUUGUAUAUUACUUCGAACGGAAGCAUCAUCGCCUGCUGAUGGUACAAACAAAUUUCAGAGCUUCUGGGGUGUAGUUCUCGAUAUGACAAAACAGGUGUUUGUGUCGGAGAAAUUUAUUUCGGCCGCUCCGAACGAUACACAGGCUUAUGUAAUGCUAAUGAGCAAAAUUCUGCUGGUAGAACAUUACGCAAAGUUGAAAGGUCCACCGGAACCACUCUACAAGGCAAUCAUCUACGCUGCGAAUAGUUCAUCGAAGAAAGUUCGAAAUUAUUGUCUGCCGCAUGUACGUGAACUGGUUCAAAGCAGCAGUGGCGUAGACAUCUCAAAACAUUUAUUCGUGGAAUUGUUGCACUUCAUACAAACAUCCAAAAUUCAUGCAGAUGGUGACGCUGCGGAUGAAAACAGCACUUCCGGUCAAUCGGUUGCUGAAUCGAUACGCGCUUUCUCUUCCAUCAACUUGGGAUCGUCGGCUGAUUCACAAAUCGUCGCACUCAGCAAUUUGAUCUGUUGUCAUCAUCCGUGUGUCGUGGCCCAUGCGCCGUCGUUGUGGGAGGAUAUUUUAGCAACACUUGAAUUGGACGCUAAAUCAUUCAUCUCGCUGAAUUCGAAACAAAUCAAAAUCAAUGUCAUCGACAACUACAAACCGAUACCGAUAUUUGAGAACACCAUUGCUACGCUGUGCAAGCUGAGUCCUGAAGUGAUCGUUCCGUUAGUCAUUGAACAAGUGACGUCGCAUUUGAGAAAUCCAGAAAUGUCCUGUGUUACGGACGACGAGUAUUUCACGUUUUUGACUCCGGAUGGCGAACUGUACGAUAAAAGUGUUAUACCGAAUGCCGAUGACAUCUACAAGGAUUUGAGUCAAAAGCGAGAAAACAAAGUGUAUUCGUACAAAGAACAACUGGAAGAGAUUCAGCUGCGUCGCGAGAUUGAAGAGAAAAAGCGUAAGGAAGGCAAGUGGAAACCACCACAAUUGACACCCAAGCAACAGGAAGCGAUUAAGAAUCAAACGGAUAAGGAGAAGGCGAUUAAGAACAAAUUGAAAGUGCUCAACGAUAAUCUAUUGGAAUUAGUGUCGCUGAUUCAUGGUGUCAAAAGCGGCAAUCCGAAACAACUGUCGUUGUACUUCUGCCAACUGUUGACAAACAUUCUGCGAGUUCUUAAGUCACCGUUGGCUGCGAUUACACUUACGAAACUUUACUACGAACUUCGUUUGGCCUGCUUCUCUGACGGUUUGGAGGAAUUGGGCGAACAAUUGGCGAUAUUGACGUUACGACUACAUGAACCGCACUGUGAUUUGGAAGAAAAGUGGACGAAAAACAAUCUGUCUGAAGAAAUCGAAAACGUUAUGCAACUGUUCGUUAGCGAAACCAGUGACGACAGUAAUGACCCGGAAGGAAACAUGCUCGAACCAUCAUUGCUGACCGCUCCGGCAUUCUGUUAUGGAUUUGAAUUUGUUAAAAAGGCCGUUUUCGUCAAAGAUUUAUCGAAAAACGAGCAAUUCUUACUACUUGGCAUUCAGUUGAUUGGGAAACAUGCUCAAAUCAAAGGAACGACACCGAAUGGAGAUUUAUGCGACUAUCGCCAUCCGAAAUAUUUGCCAAGGCAUGAGAUGAUGGUACUGCUGAUGAAAUUGAUCGAAAUCCAUCGUGGUCGUAUUCAGACGCAAGCCGUUGCAGCAUUAUUAGAUGUAGCCGCAAGCAGUUCUGGAAAUGAUUAUUGUGCAGAUGCCACUAGGCUAGAAAUAGAGUGUCUACUAAUUGCUCUGCAAAAUCAUUUGGAAGCUGUACGAGAUGUGGCGUUACGUGCUCUAACCAUUAUAAUGAAGACACUGCCUACAAUGGCGGACGACUACGAAUUUGGAUUGUGCAUGACUAGACGCAUAUGGAUAGCUAAACAUGAUGUAUCCGAGGAAAAUCGAGAUUUGGCUAAUACGUUGUGGGAGGAUGCAAAGUUUGAAGUGCCGAUUGUAUUGUGCGAUGAAUUGCUGAAGGAUGUGAUUCACCCCGAGCCAUGCAUUCAGAAAGCAGCCGCAUUUUCGCUAGUCUCUAUUCUGAAGGAUGAUCCGUCUUUGGUGCAAGGCGUUUUGGAUCAGCUGCUGGAAAUUUAUCACGACAAAUUAACGAAAAUUCCAGCCAAAUUAGAUCAGUUCGAUCGAGAAAUUGAGCCGGCAAUUGAUCAAUGGGGUCCGCGACGAGGUGUAGCUAUUGCGAUUUGUCAAAUUGCUCAAUUCUUCAACCUAUCUGAUGUGGACAAAGUGAUGCAGUUUAUGGUUUCGAAAGGUCUCGGCGAUCGUGAAGAAAUCGUUCAUAAAGAAAUGUUGGCCGCAGCAUUGACUAUCGUGGAUUUGCAUGGCAAAGAGACAAUUGCGAAACUGUUACCAGUUUUCGAAGAUUUCUUAGACAAGGCACCAAAGUCAAGUGUGUACGAUAACAUUCGGCAAGCAGUGGUAAUCCUAAUGGGAUCAUUGGCCAGACAUUUAGACAAAGAAGAUGAGCGAAUUCAACCCAUUGUAAAACGUCUGUUGGCUGCAUUAUCUACACCAUCGCAGCAGGUUCAAGAAGCUGUAGCUAAUUGUAUACCACAUUUAAUGCCAUCAGUAAAGGACGAGGCGUCAUCCAUCAUCAAGAAACUCCUCAAUCAAUUAGUCAAAUCAGAAAAGUAUGGAGAACGGCGAGGUGCUGCGUAUGGCAUAGCUGGUGUUGUGAAGGGAUUAGGAAUUUUAUCGUUGAAACAGCUAGACAUUAUGUCCAAACUCACCCAUCAUAUCCAAGAGAAGAAGAAUUACAAAUCACGCGAAGGAGCUUUGUUCGCAUUUGAAAUGUUGUGUACAACACUGGGACGCUUAUUCGAACCCUACAUUGUCCACGUUUUGCCGCAUUUAUUACAAUGCUUUGGGGAUUCCAGUCAGUAUGUUCGUCAAGCGGCCGAUGAUACAGCUAAAGUAGUGAUGGGUAAAUUAUCGGCACAUGGGGUAAAAUUGGUGUUGCCUUCACUGUUGAAUGCCUUGGAUGAAGACUCGUGGCGCACAAAAACUGCAUCCGUCGAAUUGUUGGGUGCAAUGGCAUACUGUGCACCGAAACAAUUGUCGUCGUGUUUGCCAAGCAUCGUACCGAAAUUGAUCGAAGUGUUGGGCGAUUCUCAUACAAAAGUCCAGGAAGCGGGUGGCGAUGCCUUGAAAGUAAUCGGAUCUGUAAUAAAAAAUCCAGAAAUUCAGGCCAUCGUGCCGGUGCUGCUUAGAGCUCUCGAAGAUCCGUCAGCGAAUACAUCGAAAUGUUUGCAAAGUCUGUUGGAAACGAAGUUUGUUCAUUUCAUUGAUGCACCAUCAUUGGCGUUGAUAAUGCCUGUCGUUCAACGGGCUUUCAUGGAUCGAUCGACGGAGACACGGAAGAUGGCUGCGCAGAUUAUUGGUAACAUGUAUUCGCUAACUGAUCAGAAGGAUCUAACGCCGUAUUUACCAAACAUCAUUCCGGGUUUGAAAACUUCACUGCUAGAUCCAGUACCAGAAGUGCGAGCUGUGUCAGCAAGAGCAUUGGGUGCUAUGGUGAAAGGAAUGGGAGAAUCGUCUUUCGAAGAUCUACUUCCAUGGCUGAUGCAAACACUAACAUCGGAAUCAAGCAGCGUCGAUCGUUCUGGUGCCGCUCAGGGAUUAUCCGAAGUGGUUGGCGGUCUUGGAGUUGAAAAACUGCACAAACUGAUGCCAGAAAUAAUAGCCACAGCCGAACGAACCGAUAUUGCUCCACAUGUCAAAGACGGUUACAUUAUGAUGUUCAUUUACAUGCCUGGAGCGUUCCCGAAUGAGUUUACACCAUACAUUGGCCUGAUUAUCAAUCCCAUUUUGAAAGCUUUGGCUGACGAAAAUGAAUUUGUUCGCGACACAGCGUUGAAAGCCGGACAACGAAUUGUGAAUUUGUAUGCGGAAUCGGCUGUGACGUUAUUGCUGCCAGAAUUGGAGAAAGGCUUGUUCGACGAUAACUGGCGUAUUCGUUUCAGUUCCGUGCAAUUACUUGGCGAUUUGCUGUAUCGAAUUUCUGGAGUAUCCGGUAAAAUGACAACAGAAACAGCCAGCGAAGACGAUAAUUUCGGUACGGAGCAGUCUCAUUCGGCGAUUAUUCGUUUCUUGGGAGCUGAACGACGAAAUCGUGUUUUGGCUGGACUUUACAUGGGACGAAGUGAUGUAUCGUUAAUGGUUCGUCAAGCUGCCUUACAUGUGUGGAAAAUUGUUGUGACCAACACACCUCGAACUCUGCGCGAAAUUUUGCCUACUCUGUUCAGCCUACUGUUAGGAUGCCUAGCCAGCACCAGCUACGAUAAAAGACAAGUUGCUGCACGCACAUUAGGCGAUUUAGUUAGAAAACUUGGUGAACGUGUACUGCCUGAAAUCAUUCCAAUUCUCGAACGUGGACUGAAUUCUGAUCAAGCUGACCAGCGACAAGGUGUCUGCAUCGGACUCUCUGAAAUCAUGGCAUCGACAUCGAAGGAUAUGGUUCUAUCAUUCGUUAACAGCUUGGUACCGACUGUAAGAAAAGCGCUUAGUGAUCCAUUGCCAGAAGUUCGUCAAGCAGCAGCAAAAACAUUUGACUCUCUGCACUCAACUGUAGGAUCCAGAGCAUUAGACGACAUUUUGCCAAGUAUGUUGAAUGGUUUAUCCGAUCCGGAUCCAGAAGUAGCUGAGUGUACUCUAGACGGUUUACGACAAGUCAUGGCUAUCAAAUCUCGUGUUGUUCUUCCCUAUCUUGUGCCACAGUUGACUGCAAGCCCAGUGAAUACAAAGGCUUUGUCUAUUCUAGCCUCCGUAGCUGGUGAAGCCCUAACAAAAUAUUUGCCUAAAAUUCUACCUGCAUUACUUCAAGCAUUGGCAGCAGCACAAGGAACGCCUAAUGAGACCCAAGAGAUGGAAUACUGUCAGGCUGUCAUACUAUCGGUUAGCGAUGAAGUCGGUGUUAGAACUAUCAUGGACACACUAAUGGAUUCAACCAAAUCCGAUCAAACUGACGUUCGACGAGCGGCCGCAGCACUACUGUCUGCGUUCUGUACACAUUCACCGGGUGAUUAUUCUCAGUACAUACCUCAACUACUACGUGGAUUACUUCGUUUACUCGCUGAUGUUGACAAGGAUGUCUUGCAACGGUCUUGGGAUGCUCUGAAUGCCGUUACUCGCACUCUAGAUUCUACACAGCAAAUUGCCCACGUUUCGGAUGUUCGACAGGCGGUUCGAUUCGCUGCCAGUGAUUUAAAAGGCGACGAAUUACCUGGUUUUUGUUUACCAAAAGGCAUCACUCCAUUGUUGCCUGUAUUCCGUGAAGCCAUCUUGAACGGAUUACCGGAGGAAAAGGAAAACGCUGCUCAAGGUCUGGGUGAAGUGAUAUCGUUGACCAGUGCACAAUCGUUGCAACCAUCAGUUGUACAUAUCACCGGUCCAUUGAUUCGUAUUUUGGGCGAUCGUUUCAAUGCCGGCGUCAAAGCAGCUGUGCUGGAGACGCUAGCAAUUUUGCUAUACAAAGUUGGUAUUAUGCUGAAGCAGUUUUUACCGCAAUUGCAGACAACGUUUUUGAAAGCAUUGCACGACCAGAAUCGAAUCGUUCGAAUCAAGGCUGGCUAUGCGUUGGCUAAAUUGGUCGUAAUUCAUACGAGGGCUGAUCCACUGUUUGUCGAAAUGCACAAUGGUAUCAAAGGCAACGACGACUCUGCCGAACGUGAGACUACGCUUCAGGCCUUACGUGGUAUAAUUACACCUGCUGGUGACAAAUUGACUGAACCCCUGAGAAAACAAAUUUACGCGACAUUGGUAUCGAUGCUGAACCAUCCAGAAGAUAUAACUAGAAGUGCUGUCGGUGGCUGUUUGGGUGCAUUGUGCAAAUAUUUGUCGCCUGAACAGCUGGAUGAUGCCAUGUUAAAUUACAUUUUGAACGACGACGUAGACGAUUGGACAUCGAAACAUGGAAAGUCUGCAGCAUUAUUUGUAGCACUCAAAGAAGCGCCAGGUGUAGUGUUCUUGCCGAAAUAUGAACCGAAAUUGUUCAAAACCAUUGCAAACAACAUUGUUUCCGAGAAGAUACCCAUUGCCAGCAAUUCAAUACGAUCGAUCGGUUAUUUACUGGAACAUUGCAUGACACAGUCACUACCGUUACCUCAACCAGUAAUACCUCCGUUCGUUCGUGCUAUGAAUCAUACGAGCAACGAAGUGAAACAGCUACUGGCCAAGACCUGCAACUAUUUGGCUAAGGCAACUUCGCCGGAAAAAGUUCCCCCAGAACUGCUUAAAGCUCUCAUUCCAAUGCUGGUUAAUGGAACAAAAGAGAAGAACGGCUACGUAAAAUCAAAUUCGGAAAUCGCAUUGAUCGCAAUUCUUCGGCUACGAAGCGGCGAAGAAACAUAUCGCAAAUGUUUGCAGAUAUUGGAAGCUGGCGCUCGUGAUUCACUCUCGGAGGUGGUUACGAAAGUUUUGCAGAAAGUCGCCGCACAGCCCGUUGGAAAAGAGGAGGAAUUGGACGAUACACUUUUGUCUUGAUUACCAUUCGGCACAAUCGCAAACGUUUCCACUGUUUUGAUCACACACUUAUUUAUUGUUGGUAUCACAAGUAUGUGUAUGUCAAUUGAGACUUUAAUUUUGCAUUAUUCAUGCUGCCUAUAUGCCCAUGUCGCUGACGCAUUCGUGAUAAGUGAAACUGGGUUGUUAAUUGAUCCUAUUUUGUUUUCCAAUAAAUGUCGUACAACAACAAGAAUGACA